UGACCAAACAUUCAUCAACAGCGAUCGUCUCAAGCAGGUCUACCGGAGCUAGAACAUCAACGAUGCCACCGACAGACAAACCACAGCGAUACCCAGGGGAAUGUGACGAAACACACCCCGAAAUAUUCACUGUUGUUCCAAAACAGCCUACAGAGAAGAAACCAGGACAGUUGCCACAGCAUAUGAUUGACCAGUUUUUCAAAGAGGGCUAUGUUGUUGUGGACAAAUUUUUUGAUUGUGAAAAAGAACUGGAUCCAUGUCGUGCAGCAAUUAAAGAUAUGGUUGAUGGUUUGGCCAAUAAACUUUAUAAGGCUGGAAAAAUAAAACAAUUAUAUGAUGAAUAUGGAUUAUUUGAGCGAUUGACCCAUAUAGAAAGAGAGUUCCCAGGUGCCAAUAUACUUCUUCAUAAAGCAGGCCAACUGCCACAGCCCUUGAAGAAUUUAUGGACCAAUGAAAGAUUAUUAAAUGUGGUUGAACAACUGAUUGGGCCGGAAAUAUCAGGACAUCCAGUUUGGAAUCUUCGGACAAAAACUCCCCAGAAUGAAGCCACCACUGUUCCUUGGCAUCAAGAUUCUGCGUACCUGGAUAAUCGUUCCUAUAAAGUACUUCAACCAACAGCUUGGAUUCCAUUGUUAAAUGCUACUGAGCAAAAUGGUUGUAUGAGGGUUGCAGCAGGUGGACAUAAACUAGGGAAGGUUGCCCAACAUCAGUGUUGCUAUGGAGGAACUUGGUAUGUCAUGCUGGAAGAAGAAGAAAUGAAAAAAACACUUGGUGUUGAUUUAGAAAAAGAUAUAAAAUGUUGUCCAAUUCCAUAUGGGGGAAUGUUGUUGUUGAAUAACAUGAUACCCCAUCAUAGUUUGCCAAAUAUGUCCAAUGAAAUAAGAUGGAGUUUAGAUUUCCGCUGGCAGCAGACAGGGCCCUCACCAGGAUUUUAUGAUAUGAAAGAAACCAUUCCAAUGCAUACAGCUAAAAACCCAGACUUUAAAAUGGAUUGGUCAGCAUUCGAUGGUGUUGAUCGUCAUAUCAUAGCAGCUGAACUAAUUAAAGAAGAUGGGCAAAAGGGUCAAGAUGAAUUUGAUGUAACCAUACAAGGUCCAUGGAUGAAAAAAUGGGAACUGGUCCACAUGAACCAUCAUACAGAUAAACUAUUGGAUGAACAAACAAUGACCACAUGGCAUAAGGCUUAAUAAUGAUGACUACUUUAUAUGGAAAACGGUCUAAUGAUGCUGACUACAUUAUUAUUUAUUUUACGAGGGACUUUUUUUUAUUAUUUUUAGAAUUGUUUUAGAUUUAAUUCUGUAAUGAUAGAAUAUAUUAAUUAACAUUACAUGUGUUUUUACUAAUCGUUUAAUAAUUCUACGGACGAGUGCUGAGAGGUUUGUUUUCUAAUUGUUUUUGGAGCAGGAACUGGUCCGCAAGGCCUACUCUUCUGCUUGUUCUUCUUUUUCUUGAGUGACUGUCUUCGUACAUAUCUAAGAUACUUCCAAUGCAAGUACAAUCAACAUAAAACUUGACAUACUUGUUCCUUGGACAAUUGCACAUCAUUUUUUUGUUUUUAUGAUGUCAUAAUUCCAAGAUGGCUGCAAUGAUGUCAUUGUAAAGUUAUUUUUAAAUUUAUGUGUGGCAGGUACCUUCCAGGCUUGUAUUCCAUUCAGGAUAGCUUGUAUAUAUGUAAAUAUAUUGUGAAUGACUGAAUGAACCCGGUUAAUAUUCUGUAUACCACAUUCAGCCAGUAGGCCACCAUUAUAACUGAUUGGAUAGCGUGUAUACGUCUUCCACAUUGAAAGUUCGCUGGUUGGAUUCAAGCAGGAACUAAUUAAACUUGUCGCACAUGGUUUAAACCUGAUAGUGCAAUAAAACUGUGAAGUCUCAUGUUCUCCUUUAAACCUGAUAGUGAAUAAAGUCUUGUGUUCUCCUUUAAGAACCUGAUAGUGCAAUAAAACUGUGAAGUCUCAUGUUCUCCUUUAAACCUGAUAGUGAAUAAACCCCUGUGUUCUCCUUUAAGAGGGGAUCACGUGGCUAAGUGGGUAAGACGCUAGCUCGCUAGCCUGGAGGUCGGGUGUUCGAUCCCUGCAUUGGCCGAGAAAGUUCAUCCAGAUUUUCCGGCGUGGUUCUCCCUUGUCAGUGAUGCAGGACGGAGGGGCUGACAAGGAAAGCUGUCUAGUCGUUCAGAUGGGACGGAAAACCGAGGUCCCAUGUACACAUUGGCGUGCACGUAAAAGAUCCCUUGGCAGUUGGAAUUCGAUAUAAGAGUAGGCUGUAGUGCCGCUGUCCGGGCAAAAUUUCCCUCAUAGCACACUGUAUGGCGUAUGCCCGUCUUCAUUAGCCCAGGUUACGAGCAGAACAGUAGGACGUUAAACUCCAUUUCAUUUCAUUUCAUUUCAUUUCUCCUUUAAGAACCUGAUAGUGAAUAAAACUGUGAAGUCUCAUGUUCUCCUUUAAGAUGUUCAGAUGAAAUAGUUUUAGCUUUAGAUGAAUUGUUUAUUUUCAUAUCAGAUUUUUAAAAUUAUUUUACUGAUCGUAUUGUAAAAUUUGUUUUUUUUAUUUUUUAUUCUAAGUAUUUAUUUGUUAUGUUCAGAAUAGAUUAAAGACAAUAGGUUAUGUUUUUAGAUAAUCAGUUUAUUGUUCUUAAUCGAAAGUGUAUAUGUAAUUUUAUUUUGUUAAUCACAAUAAACAAUAAACAAUGAUAAAUGAAAUGAAAUGAAAUGAAAUUUAAUGUUUUACUGUUGUUCUCUGGCUCGGCAUAUAGUGUGAUAUGAGGGAAAAUUUGCCUGGACAGCAGUGGUACGACCUACUCUUAUACUGAAUUCCAACUGCCAAGGAAUCUUUAACGUGCACGUCUAAUCCGAACGACUAGACAGCUGUCCUUGUCAGGCCCUCCGUCCUAUACCGGAAAUUCCUGAUGAACUCUUAGGCCAAAACUGGGAUCGCCCUAUCUCCCACGACCUCAAGGCUAGUGAUCUGGAGCCAGCGCCUUUCUCACUUAAGACACCGUGGCUCCUACUCUCUGUAAAGAAAUGUUAUUCAACUAACUUAA